AUGGAAUCGGAGACAGCCCCAGCUCAUCAGCCAAGCAAGGACGGGGGCGCCGAGUGUUCCAUGGCGCAAAACGAGUCAAAAAUCGAGAGAGAAACACCAUCUACGCCAGCGCCGGAGGCGCAGCUGGCUGAUGAGAUACGACUGCGGCGGUUCACCGAGGAGGUGCUAGACACGCGGCAGGAGGAGCUGGAGCUCCAGGAAGCAGAGAAUAAAAGGCUCCUGAAGAAGCUGGAGUCUCUCAAAAAGGAGCUAGCGGACACGCAAGAUCAGCUCAUCGAAGCUCGCAACCAGUCCAAGGCAAAGUCGAAACAGCUCCAGGAUGCCAAGGAUCAGAUCUUCCGCCUCCAGCCGCGACGCAAAGACAUUACGGAAUCAGAAGCGCAAGAGGCCUACAAGAGACUGUGCAGUAAUGUGCAGAGAUGGGUGGAAAACCGGCUGCCCGGAACCCUCGACGACAUGGAGGCCGGCCGUCUUCGAAGCCGCCCUUCGGGGGUGCACGCUGGGAGAUUCGUUUCGUUGAUCAGAGAGCCAGCAAAGCGAUGUCUCGGCGUGCACCAGUCUGACGAGCAUCAUGUCAUUGCGGUCAUCAUGUACUACCUCUGGCUGGCGCUCUUUUCCAAAUCAUUCUACUGCCCGCUCGAUGGGUCCGACGACGACGCUACCAUCAUUUGGAUUGACGAACUGGAAAGCACAAUGUCGAAGCUACCUCGCGAUACCGCUCACUGUCGCGAAUGGCGCAGCGAGACUCUGACGGCUCUUACCAUGCAGCCGCUGUUCAAGUCGCGCCGGGCGACAUACAUAAACCUGGUAUCGGAAGACCUGGCGGCACUAUUGUCCGUGGUCGUGCCCAAGGGCGCGCCUUCGGACCUCCAGAGCUCCAUUCGAAGGACCAUUGUCGAGCCCGCGGCCGACUUUGCGCAUCAACUACACCUGGCGGCCAACAUCUACUCUCUUAAAUGGCCGGCACGGAACGCCAGCACGCGGCUAGAGGUGUACGAAUGCAUCAACUUGGCAAAUGGAGGGCUUGUGCUGGACCUCAGCGGCACUGGACCCUCGUCGCCCUCGCGUCGCAAGGUCAGCUACUUGUUCGACGUGGCACCGGGACUGUUUGUCGAGAGAGUCGAGGUGGGGAAGAAGGCGCCUUUGAAAGCUAUCUACAGGCCAAAUGUCCUAGUGUAUGCCGGCGACGGGGAGGCACCGCAAAGGCCAACCCUCAUCAAGUGGCUCGCCGACAACUCGAAUGGUGGAGGCGGCUCGCGCGAGCAGUUGCCGCGGACCUCGGCGCCCAGGAGUAAGACCAUCUCCCACCCUGCAGUGUCCAAGCUCUGA